AUGGCAGUGGCUUUUUUGGCUGCGCUUGGUGUGCGUGCUGUAUGUGCUUACUGGUGCCCUGUGUUGCGGUGGGACGUCAAGUUGUGUCGUGGUUGA